GCGAGAGACAUAGAGACAGACAGAGAGAGAGAGAGAGAGAGGACGGUCCAUCACACAGGUAUUACAUUUCACUCUCUCUCUCUCUCUCUCUCUCUCUCUCGCGCUCUCCGCUCUCUGCACCGACCCGGUGACAACAACCGACCACCGACCGGACCUGACUCUGAGCCGGACCUGAACCACAACAUGUCCCUGCAGCUGCCUCCGUGCGUGAUAGACUGCGGGACCGGGUACACAAAGAUCGGCUACGCUGGAAAUACAGAGCCACAGUUCAUCAUGCCCUCGUGCAUUGCGAUCAAGGAGUCAGCCAGCGUGGGAGAACAGGCCCAGAGGAGGCUUGUACGAGGAGUGGACGACCUGGACUUCUACAUCGGAGACGAAGCAGUAGACAAACCGAACUACGCAACCAAGUGGCCGAUCCGUCAUGGGAUGGUUGAAGACUGGGAUCUGAUGGAGAAGUUCAUGGAGCAGGUCAUCUUCAAAUACCUUCGAGCUGAACCUGAGGACCACAGCUUCCUCAUGACAGAGCCUCCUCUCAACACUCCAGAGAACAGAGAGUACCUGGCUGAGAUCAUGUUUGAGACAUUCAACAUACCUGGACUCUACAUUGCAGUACAGGCGGUGCUGGCAUUGGCGGCGUCGUGGACGUCACGGCAGGUCGGACAGAGGACUCUGACUGGGAUUGUCAUCGACAGUGGGGACGGAGUGACGCACGCCAUCCCUGUGGCUGAGGGCUACGUGAUUGGCAGCUGUAUAAAGCACAUCCCCAUCGCAGGGCGGGACAUCACCUUCUUUAUCCAGCAGCUGCUCAGAGACAGAGAGGUGGGGAUUCCUCCAGAGCAGUCCCUGGAGACCGCCAAGGCCGUCAAGGAGCGGUACUGUUACAUCUGUCCAGACAUCGUGAAGGAGUUCACAAAGUACGACUCUGACCCGGGAAAAUGGAUCAAACAGUACCGAGGAGUGAAUGCCGUCAGUAAGACCGCCUUCCACAUCGACGUGGGCUACGAACGCUUCCUGGGCCCUGAAAUCUUCUUCCACCCUGAGUUUGCUAACCCAGACUUCAUGCAGCCCAUCUCUGAUGUGGUGGACGAGGUCAUUCAGAGCUGUCCAAUCGAUGUGAGGAGGCCGCUGUAUAAGAACAUUGUGUUGUCCGGAGGAUCCACCAUGUUCAGAGACUUUGGGCGGCGUCUGCAGAGAGACCUGAAGAGAGUGGUGGACGCCCGCCUGAGACUGAGUGAAGAGCUGAGUGGGGGACGGAUAAAGCCGAAGCCGAUUGAGGUUCAGGUCGUCACACAUCACAUGCAGCGUUACGCCGUCUGGUUCGGAGGCUCCAUGCUGGCGUCCACGCCUGAGUUUUUCCAGGUGUGUCACUCAAAGAAGGACUACGAUGAGAUUGGCCCGAGCAUCUGUCGACACAACCCCGUCUUCGGCAUCAUGUCCUGAUGGCGGCAGCAGCUACAGACGGCUAACCUGUUAGCCUGUCGGCCUUUUAGCCUGCUGCCCACUAGAUAGCCAGCCAGUCAGCCUGUUAGCCUGUUAGCCUGUGGGUCCUGUAGCUUGCUGGACUGUUUACCUGCUAUCUGCUAGCCACCAGCCACUUAGCCAAUAACCUGUUAGUCUCUUGCCCCAUUCAGUUUUUAGCUCACUUGGCCACCAGACUGUUAGCAGGCUAGCUCAGCCUCAUCAAGCACAGGAACAUCUGGAGGAAGUGAAGCACAAACAGACAGAAAACAGUGAAAACCACGUGCUGUCAUUCGUUUGCUGUCGAAGUGUUGGCAGCACGGAUCCGAGCGGAGUUCACACAGUGAUCAGACCUGAAUACGAGCCGACGCCUGCUCAGGAUCAAUGAUGGAGAACAGGUGUUUAAUGUCUGAGUGAAGCAGUUCAACAAAAAGCCCAGGAGUGAAUGCAUGUUCUUGGUUGAGUGUUGGAGUUCUGCUGUGACCCGUCCUGAUCAUCUCUGUCCAGUCACGUCUUCCUCUGCAGGCGUCUCAGAGCGUUGCCUGAUAUUUUAAAACUCUUUGGCCUGAUGGGACAGUUUGACUGAAUGGAAAGUGAUUUAUGUUCAGGUUGUAGCUGAUACUGCAACACGAUGCUUCCUGUUUAUGUCCCCCAAAGCAUUAUGGGAACUGCAGUUUAGACUUAGAGCAUUAUCAUCCCCGAUUACAAGGAAGACAAAGAACAGCAAUCGAAUGACAGCGUCUUUUAAUAUCAGUGUUUUUCAUGUUGCACAAUCUCACUGUUAAAGUGAGUGAAAAUUAUUAUAAUCUAUGAUAUAAUCUGUCAAUUUAAUGUAUUUAGAACUUUAUUCAGUAACUUCAUUGACUGUUUUGUUACUUUAGAGACAACAAACAUGAAUGUGACUCAGUGUGAGGUGACAGGUUUCACAGCCAGAAGCCGGUCUGAGCUCAUGUCCCCGUGCUGGACAGCAGAGUUUGGUCUGGGUAAAGGCAGAGAGCAGGUCAGCACUGACAGCUGCAGGCGCUUUGUUUAUUGUUUGUAUUUACUUCUUUUUGUCGUCUGUUCUCACAAACAGCCUGCUGUUCCUUCACACGCCGCUCAGAGUCACUUCAGACCCAACUGCAGGAAUAAGCCUCCUCAUAGUUAAUGGCUUUAUUUUUAAUAUUUUGAGUCUAAUUAAUUUCUACAAGUGACUGAUGUGACUCUGAAUCAUAACCUGUGUGUGUGUGUGUGUGUGUGUCCUUCACCAUCAGAAACUCCUGCACUCUGUUUAUAUUUGUAAAGAAAAAGAGUGAAUGAGAUCACAGAACUAACACAUGACUGAUAAACUCUCUCUCUCACACACACACACAUUUCUAAAUGCUGUGUGCUGAGACAGGUAUGAAACUGAUCCAGGAACAGACCAAAGCGUAGCACAGCACCUUCAGCUGGACUCUGGUGUGUUCAGGUACAAUCACGUGAAACUAAUUCACAGAGAGUGCUUCAGUCAGUAGGUACAGCAUCUGUACUGGUGCUGACUUGAUUUGUUGGUUUUCCGUUUCACGUGUCUCUGCGUUGUCUCUCAGCCCUGCAGGUUUCCACAGGUGUUCAUGAUAAGCAGCUGUCAGGUGUAUUGAUUAUCACACUAACAGCUGACUGAUCAGACGUGAUGUUGUGGUUUGGACCUGAGCCUCUGGUCUCUGAGCAGCUGAGGACUGCUGAGUGACUUUGUUUUUGGCGACGCCCACACGGAGCUGAUUGGACGAAUGUGAACGCUCUGUGGU